AAGCGAGGGAACGGGAGAAAAAGAGUAUGAACACGAGCGGGGAACAAGUGAAAGCGGGAACAGGAGCAAAGUGGAGGAAAGCAAGAAUGGGCAAAAAAGAAACGGAAUGGGUAUGGAGCAAGAGCGAGGGAACGGAAUCGAGCGAGGGAAUGGGAUCGAGCGAAGAAACGGGAUCAAGAGAGGGAACGGGAUCAAGAGUGGGAACGGGAUCAAAAAUGGGAGCAGGAUCAAGAAUGGAAAUAGAAGCGAGGGGAACGGGAGAAAAAGAGAGGGAAAGGCGAAAGCGGGAACGGGCGAAAAAGAAACGGAAUGGGUAUGGAGCAAGAACAAGGGAACGGAAUCAAGCGAGGGAACGGGAUCAAGCGAGGGAACGGGAUCAAGCGAGGGAACGGGAUCAAGAGUGGGAACGGGAUCAAGAGUGGGGGCGGGACCAAGAGUGGAAACGGGAUCAAGAAUGGAAAUAG